AUGGAUAAGGGUUUUAAUUGUGAUAACGAAGUUUUCUUUUGGAGGGUUUAUCGAAAUAAAUUUAUAAGAAACAAAAUAUUUAAAGAAUUUAGAAUUUUUUUUGAAGCAAAGUACUCGUAUUACGAAAUUAUAAGCAUAGAGUGGAUGGUAAAGAAUCGUCAUUAUAAUCUAUUAAAAGAGAAAAUAAGGAAUAAAGAAACCUUAUCAUUUAACCAUAUUUAUGUGGACGAUAGCGAAAGAUUUAAUGAAAGCCAUUUGUUUUCAUCAGCAACAUCAUUAACACCGACAUCAUAUAGAAUUACAAAGAAUAUGGAUAUAACUACUUUAAAGAUAUUCAAAUAUUCAGUUUUUAACUGCCCCGAAUUCAAAUAUAAAGAAGAAUAUAAAGAAUUAUAUUUAACGUUAUUCGAAAACUACGGCCACUAUUUUUUUUCGUUUAUAAGUAAUAAUUUAGAACCACAACAAGAACCACAACAACAACUACAACAACAAUCACAACAACAAAGACAAAAUAUUAUUUUUAAUAAUAUAUUAAAUUUAAUAAAUAAUAGUGCAAAUAAUUUUAAUGAAAUGAAUAAUUUGGCUUUAAAAAUGAUAGAAUAUGACAAUGCAAUAGUACUAGAAAUAUUUAUAGAAAAGUUUAAGUUUAAACCCAAGGUAGAUAAUUUCUUAAGAGCUUUAUCAAUAAACUCUUUAAAAGUUGCUGAAUUUUUAUUCAAGAAAUUCGAUUUCAAAGUUAAAAACAAAGAAAAAUUAUGGCGGGAUUUAUGUGAAACCUAUUUAGAUAACACCCAGAGGGAUUUACUUCCAAAUACAACCACUACCUCAACUGCAGCGGCUGCAGCUACAAAUGUUUCAUUUGCACAUGCUUUAAAUUUUUCACCUGAACCUCCUCGAAUCAUAUCAUCCAAUCAAAUUAAUCAAAGAGCUCUGUUUUUAGUAGAUGUUAUGAAGUUUGAACCACCAAGUGUUGCUCUAAAAGAUUUCAAGUAUCUAUUCAAUUUGGUUUUAUUUGAUCAACCUUUAAGAGUGCUGUAUGAGUCGUGCAUGGUAAUUUCAUUGUUAAAGCAACCACUCAAACCAUACAUCAACUAUAUAAGCGAUAGAAAAUCAAACAAAUUCAAUAUAAAGAAUAUAGAGUCGUUUCAAAAGUUGGACCAAUUAAAACUUCCUCCACCUCAUAUUAUACCCUUUGAGGAACUUAGAGAAAUGAAUUUUAGUUUAUCAGAAAUGGAUCAACUUGUAAAAAACUAUCCAAGUGUAGCAACUGAAAACAAUGAAGUAAAUCAAAAAGUCGAAAGAUUAAUUAUGAUGAUAGUGUACUUUCUAGAUCCAUACCCAAAUAUUUUUGGCAAGAAUAUAACCUAUUUCGUCUCAAAAUACUAUCAAGGUGAAUCUUUUCAAAUACUAAAAGACUGGAGUGAAAAAGAAACAUUCUAUAAAUAUUGCAGCAAAGAAAGAGAACUACAACUUACCAAUUAUCUAGUUUCAAUAUAUUCAGAAAGAGAUAUACAACAACUAAAAUUUUUAAUGAAUAUGUUAAUAUCACAGGAUAAAAUUGAUUCAGUUAAAAUAGUAUACGAUAAACUUUAUAAAAUUACAAUGACUAAACUCGAAAGAAUAAUUAGCACUGAUAAUAGUACAGGUUAUAACCAUGCUAUACUAAAUAACAUAGGACAUGAAGAUUUAGAAAAAGCAAUUGUGUCAACAAUAUUUAUUGAUAAUAUAUUUUUAAUGGUAAACUCAACUGAAGUAUUUGAUUUUAUUUAUGAAAAAAGUCCAUUACAAUUUCAGUUAAAUCAAAUCUUUCCACAGAAAUGCUUCCUUAUUAAACAUUUUUAUAAAAACCAUAAUUUAGAAUAUAAGGUGCAAACCCAAAAGUUUUAUUUCCAGUCCAGGGCAAUACAAGCAGACUCUUUAAGGUUCAUCUAUGACCAUUUAGAUGAUUUUAGAGUAUCAUUAAGCUACCUAAUAAGCAAUUGGUGGGAGCUUUCAAAGCAAUUUCAAAAGCAAAGCCCAGAAGAACACGGCAAAGAUAGUAGUGAUGGUUUCCAAAAGUUUAAAUUUUUUAUUUCAUCUGCAAACUAUAUGAAGGGUCCAGAAAUUACAUUGUACCACUAUUACAACAACACAUUCAAUCAUUACUUGUUGGAAAAGAUUAGUAGCUUGAACGAUUUAAAAAAUCAUCAAAAACAAUACCUUCAUCAUACUCCUGGUAGCUUCGACUCUACAAACUACAGCCUUACCAAUAGUUUAAAUCAAGUCAUGGGUCAAAUAGCAACAAGAGGUGAUAUUGAAACCUUAAGUUUCAUUAUGAAAACUUUAUUCCCAAACGAAAAUGAUAAUUUGGUAGAAAGAAAGUUUAUAAUAGGGGUAUUAUUCUCUGCAACUUCAGUGGGUCAAUUAAGAAUAUUCAAGUUUUUAAAUGAUAACUAUAGCUGGGUUUUUAAAGUAUAUGAUGAUUCAAUUUAUAAUAGCAGCAAUUAUAAUAAUAACAAUAACAAUAAUAGUAAUGAAUUUACCUCAAAUGAUGAUGAAAAAAAACUAGAGGUUUUCCAAAAGUCUCACUAUAGAAUCACAACCGACAUUUUAAAAAGAAUGGUUUCCGUAUCUUUAGACCAUUGCCAUAUAGAUACUUUAAAUUAUCUUCAAACAAUACCAGCUUUUAGAAACCAUAUAAAUUAUAAUUUAAUGAAAAGAUUUAUAUAA